UGAAAUAAUUCAUUUUGGAGAACAAUUCACCGCCCUUUUCCUUCCUGAUUCCUUCCCAACCUCUGCUCCAAAAUUAUAUCUCAGCUUCUCAAUUAUUCAUUAUUCACUUUCUUUUGAUUUGUCUCCGUCUCUGAUAUAUAGCCUCCUGCGGUUUCCCACUCCAUUCAUUCAGGAAAUUUGUGGAGCUUUUAAAUGAACUGGGUAUCACGGAUUUCCCACAAAUCUUUAAGGAAUUUAGACGCAUAUUCACACCGAUGAGGCUUUUUGGGCAAAGCUUGUGACUAUCAAGCAACUUAUGCAGCGAUCAUUGUGAUGUGUUGUGAGAGGAGAAAUUAGCAAAUCACUUGCAUAUUCAUUGUUUCAUGGUCCAUUGUGAGGUUUUGUCUAAGGUAUUCUUCAAGCUUCAAGAUUUCUUGUCCACUCUCUUCUAGAGAGGCCAUGAGUAGCAAAGAAACAAAGAAGAAAAGUUUAGAAAAGGCGUCAACUUCAAGUCAAAUGGUGCAAGUCAACCUCCCUACUAGUGCUUGGCUUCUACAAUCCCUUCCAAUGCAUAUGGAGAUAUGACGAUUGGCAGAUGAAAAGAGAGUCUAGGGUAAUGGCUCAAAGAAUGCUUUUGGCCCCAAACAAGCUUAAUCGGAGGUUGGGUUUAGGAGGAGGAAGAGGAAGAAGAAUAAAUAAUAGAAAAAGAAUAGACAAAACCUAAUAGAAGAAGAAGAAGAAGAAGAAGAAGAAGAAAAGGCUAGAGUCAAAAAAUGAACAAGAGGCAACAAAUACGAUUGAAGAGAAGAAAUGAUAGGGACUAUCUCAGUUUGUUCUUGCUUUUUACUAUUCUGUUUACGAGGAGGGAAGAUUCUGUGAAACUUUCCACUCAAAUGAAAAUGGUUGGAGGAAGCGUGUUGCUUGUGGAAAGCGGGUUCACUGUGGAUGUGUGGUCUCUAUCAACACAAUUAUACUAUUGGAAACCUUUGGAGUAGCCUGUUUGAAUUGCGCAAUGAACACCUCAACUAUUGCACCAAAUCAAUGUGAUUCCCCUUCCUGGAGUACUACCCUUGCUGAGUCUGUGCACAAUACGAGUAGCCCCUGUGAAGUUGAAGAGUCCAAUAACAGUGACAAAGUGAAUGGAAGCAAGUGCGAGGCAAAUGCAGUUGCAAAAAGUGGUCAGUCCCCUUUUCAUGAUACUCCAUUGCAAAUGAAAGCUCCUCUGCCUAAUGGGCAGCCUUGUGGGAGUGGUGCAGGACAAAAGGGUUUAGAUGCUAAAUACCAGCCUAGGAUAAGUGAUCACGAGCUACAACAGAUCUCCAGAGACCUAAAUUCUGUUGUCACUCCUUUGUUUGAGAAAACAUUGACCAUUUCUGAUGCUGACUACAAGCUGGGCCGCCUGGUGAUACCCAAGAAAUGUGCACAGGAAUAUUUCCCUCUAAUUUCUGGGCCUGAAGGAGUCACUAUAAGAAUCCUGGAUACAAGAGGAAGAGAAUGGGUAUUUCACUACCGUUAUUGGAGCAAUGCUAACAGCCAGAUGUACGUACUAGAUGGGCUUAAAGACUUUGUAAUUUCAAUGCAGUGGCAAGCAGGUGAUGUAGUAACAUUUUAUCGGAUAGAACCGAAGGGACAGUUGGUUCUGGGGCUCAGAAAGGCUUCAGUGACUCCACCAUCUCACAAGGAUGAGCAAAGGGAGGCCUACCUUGCCCCCAAAAGGUGUGCUGCAAAUAUGAAGCCAUAUUAUGCAUAAGCUACUAUUCUUUGAAAGAUUGAAACACAUUUUCAGAUUGCUUCUAUGCCCUUGCUGGGUUGAGUUUAGUUUUGAGUCCUCACUUUUUUCAUCUUGGUAUUAUUUAUACUUGUUUUUAAUCCAUGGUGGCCUUUUAUGUAAAUGCCACAAGUUUGUUGAUUAAAAAUAGCAAUCAGAUUGUUGGUAUAGCAGAUUGAAUCAGGUCCAGUUCCUCAUAUCAAACAUUUGUCCAGAUGAAUUACCCACACCUCCCUCUCUGCAAGUUUCUUUACUAUUGAGGUUAGUCGUGCUUUCUGCACUCUGGCACAGGGGAUUCAUCCUCUUGGGCAUCAAUAUGAGGUGGUCAAAGGAGAGGAUGAAAUGAUCAAUUUAUUUAUUCUACAUCUGCACAUUCUCAGUACUCCUUGAGCAGAAAACAUUGAUGAUGUAUCUCUGAAUGUACCAUUUCUACUAUCUAGUUUAGAAACAAUGUAAAGAUCUUAUGAAGAUGUUUUUUUGUUCAAAUUCUAUAUGGAAAUUGAAGAUGUAAUUAUGUAUUUCCAAGAGUAAAUAUUUUCCAGCAUUUGAAAUCAAAGGGAUUUUUAUUAAUA